GUCAUCGGACGCUCCGUCAUCACCAACAACAUCAAACAUGGCGGCGUCCGUCCGGGAGAAGCAGACAGGUUCGUCAAACUGGAUUUUCUCCUAUUAUCGGUUAAAUAUUAAUUAAGACAGCGAUACAGACGGACUGUUUAGAGUUUAAAUGAUCCCAGUUUAACAGCAGAGAGUUUCUCCACCCUGUCGUUCCUCUAACCGGCUAACUAACCGGUCCUCCUCUCUGUCCAGCCGUUAGUUUAGCUGGUUAUCAGUUGAUCCGGUUUCACUUCAGAUUCAGAAACUCACUAACUAACCAGACUGAUAACCAGUUAACUAGAGGACUCACCGGCCUGUUAGACGGUCAGUUUACGGUUCAGACAGUCUGUGAAGUCUCGGUGAAGUUAGCCGGAUGGUGACAGUGAAAAAAAUCGGUCAGUUUUACCGGAUUAAAUGUUAAAAUCUGAAUUUUUAAAACCUCUAAAUCAACAAGACGUCGAAUGUAACCGGAAUUAUACUUCUGCCGUUUAAAAAUGUCUAGUUUUGUCCGGUGAUAAUGAUGUAUUUGGUAUAAUGAUAUUUUUAGACUCAAAUGGGCUGAUGCCGAUAUCGAUACCAAAACCGAUACCGAUAGAAACCCGAUUAUUAUUAUAUAUAGUUGACCUGUUUCUCUCCACGUGACUGUAUUAAUCUUAACAAACAGCAGUUAUCACCUGCGCUAGUUUAAUAGUCAUGAUGGAGCUCAUGUCAGUGCACGUGCAGUUAAUAAUCAGCUGAUCAUGGAGGCAGAAAUGUUCAGAUUAGGGCUGGGCGAUAUGUGGACAACUUUAUCACGAUAUUGUUUUCAUAUCAGUCGAUAUCGAUAAAUAUCACAAUAUAAAAAAUGAAAUUUAACAGUGCUUAUUGGUAGCAUGUCUUUUGCGAUGUCUUUGUGUCUCUUUGGCGUUUUGUCGUAAGGCGUUGCUCUAGAGAAAGCCGACUGAAUGGUCGUCUGUUUCAGGCGCCACGGGCUCCUCGCUCCUCUCGGGGUUUGUAACCUUUUGCGUUGCGCGUGCUCUGCGGCGUGGCGCUGCUUCAGGUGGUGAAAAAGAUUUGAGGUAUUCCCCGACUUUGUGAGAACAUGUACUCGACAUAAUUUACAGUCCACAUUACUCUGCUUCAUGUCCGACCUCCAAAAACCAAAAUACCUCCACACCACCGACGUUUUCCUAACGCCAGUGUUGUGGUUGACAUUGAUGUGGUCAUCUGUUGAGCCUUCAUGGUCAUUUCUGUCGGGGGUAGCACUCAUUUUCUUUGUUUCUCACCAACAGUGCUGUCGGCUUCACCUGUUAAAGUGCUAUGGUUGGGUGGAGCUGCUGUCUGCUACGACGCUGCAGUUGGUUGAUACUUGGUUCUAAUUCAGAACAUGAUUGGUUCAGACCCAGAGAAACUCCCCUUUUCAUUGGCUGUUCGUAUAGUCGACCAAAACCUGUCAGAAUGACGACUAUUGAAAAGGAUAUUGAUCAUGUUUAAUAUCGAUAUUGAGGAAAAUUAGAUUUCAAUAACGUUAUCGUUUUAUCGCCCUAAUUCAGAACUAAUAAAAAUAAGAUUUGUAUUACAGAAUCUUACAAUAUUAGAUAUUGAUCUAUUUGUCUAGAAGUACAGUAGAGAUGUUGGUAUAAGUGUGUGUGUAAACUGUGUGUGUUUGUGUGUGUUUGUGUCUGUGUGUGUGUGUGUGUGUGUGUGUGUGUGUGUUUGCUCUUUCAGUCGCUCUGAAGCGAAUGCUGAACUUUAACGCUCCUCCUCUGAAGAACACAACAGCUGAGCCAGUAUGGAAGGUAAAAUACACACACACACACACACGCACACACGCACACAGUGUUUAUCUGAACUACAAACUUGUCAGACCCUGACUUGGACUCCUGAGCGUCUUUGUUGAGUUUUAGAGUCGCGUUUCUUUCCUCAGCUGCAGUGAAAGUUCAUGUGUGUGUUUAAUGUGUGUGUGUGUGUGUGUGUGUGUGUGUGUGUGUGUGUGUGUGUUUGUGUGUGUGUGUGCGUGUGUGCGUGUGUGUGUGUGUGUGUGUGUGUGUGUGUCUUCAGGUGUUGAUCUACGACCGGUUUGGCCAGGACAUCAUCUCCCCGCUGCUGUCGGUCAAAGAGCUCAGAGACAUGGGCAUCACCCUUCACCUGUAAGAGUCCUCUGGUUUCCCAUGAUGCUUUUCUGUCCUAGCGUCGUAGUGAAGAUCCCGUCACUCCGUUGACCCUGAUUUACUCCGACCCCCAGAUCAUGUCUGACCCUCUAAACCUCCGUCUUUGUCUCCCAGCCUGCUUCACUCGGACCGAGAGUCCAUCCCGGAGGUUCCUGCCAUCUACUUCGUCAUGCCCACAGAGGAGAACAUCAACAGGAUCUGUCAGGUAACCUCCGCUCACACUCUGCUCUCCUCGCUCUCCUCGGUCAGUGUGUGCAGCGUAGAUGUAGAUGAUGUAGAUGUGAUCCUGUCUUAGGACCUGAGGAGUCAGCUCUACGAGUCCUACUACCUGAACUUCAUCUCAGCCAUCAGCCGGAGUAAACUGGAGGACAUCGCCAACGCCGCUCUGACCGCCAACGCCGUCAGCCAAGUCACCAAGGUAACCAUGGUUACCCUGUGAUUCAGAUAGACCUAUGAGUGUAGAUUUAGAGGAUGAGGACUCUAACCUCUGAUGGUGUUUGUGGUUCAGGUCUACGAUCAGUACCUGAACUUCAUCACCCUGGAGGACGACAUGUUCCUGCUCAGCCACCAGAACAAGGAGCUCAUCUCGUACCACGGUGAUGUUUCCUCCUCGUCUCCUUGAAUCCUCGACUUUUCAUCUCCUUCUCUCCUCAUUGUCCUCCUCUCCUAUCUCCUUGUCCCUUUUCCUCCACCCUGUCUCCCUUCCUCCUUCCCUUCUUUCCUCCUCUUUCCCUGUUUAUUUUACUGACUGUCCUCUCUCGUGUCCUUUUUCCUUUCCUUGCUUCCUUACCUCCUUCGCUCCUUGCCGUCUUCUCUCACAAACCUCUAAACCUGCGUGUCGGUCCUGCAGCCAUCAACAGAGCCGACAUCCAGGACACGGACAUGGAGGCCAUCAUGGACAACAUCGUGGACUCGCUCUUCUGUUUCUUCGUCACUCUGGGUGAGUCGGUCAGCUGAUCUGGAGCGCUCAGGUCCGCCGUCAGGACUCUGAGGUCAGGACUCUGAGAUCAGGACUCUGGGGUCAGGACUCUGAGUCAGGACUCUGAGGUCAGGACUCUGGGGUCAGGACUCUGGGGUCAGGACUCUGAGGUCAGGACUCUGAGUCAGGACUCUGAGGUCAGGACUCUGAGUCAGGACUCUGAGUCAGGACUCUGAGGUCAGGACUCUGAGGUCAGGACUCUGGGGUCAGGACUCUGAGGUCAGGACUCUGAGGUCAGGACUCUGAGUCAGGACUCUGAGGUCAGGACUGUGAGGUCAGGACUGUGAGGUCAGGACUGUGAGGUCAGGACUCUGAGUCAGGACUCUGAUACCUGGACUUGGAUGUUGACAGAAAUGUGUGAUGAUUGGCUCAGGAGAAUGAGGAGGCAGUACUCACGCUGUCCACUAGAUGGAGGCAUCAGUGUGAUUAAUCCAUCAGUGAGGAGGAAAACCCUGACCAGUAGCUGUUCCUGGUUUCUUCUCACCCGUCUUCACUUCAGUUUAAUAAAAUCUGUUUUUGUCGAUGUUCUUGUUGAUCAGGGGCGGUGCCAAUCAUUCGCUGUCCCCGUGGAAACGCAGCAGAGAUGGUGGCCGUGGUGAGUUCCUCCUUCUUUACUCUUAUUGUCGUUCUGAUGUUUUUCGUUUUUGAUUUAUCGGUUAAAUAAAAAAAAAACUUCUUUCUGGAUAACAGUUUUAAAAAACAGAAAAUGGAUUAAUCUACCUCCACCAACUGUUUGAUGAUAUUGGUCCCUCUAAUAUAAUUUUUUUAGAUACUUUCAAGAGAAUUAAGUUAAAAACGUCUUUUCCUCCGAACUCGUCUGUAAACGCUCAGACACUCUGACCUCCUCUGACGUCUCUGUCGGUUUCUCGUCGUAGAAGUUGGAUAAGAAGCUCCGUGAGAACCUGCGGGACGCCAGAAACAGCCUCUUCACCGGAGACAACAUGGCUGCCGGACAGUUCAGGUAAUCGGCUGCGGGACUCGUUUACCCAUGAUGCAGUGUGGCCGGAUCAGGAAGAACCUCCUGACUCUGACUCCGUCUUUGUAGUUUCCAGAGGCCUCUCUUCGUUCUGGCUGAUCGUAACGUGGACAUGGCCACGCCCCUUCACCACACCUGGACCUAUCAGGCGCUGAUCCACGACGUCCUGGUGAGCUGAAAUGAGCUUUAACUGAUGACCUUUGACCUUUUUAUCGUGAAAAUGUGAGGUGGAGUCUCCUCAGAUUUACUCUGUCGGUGACGCCCUGGGUUAGGCUCCUCCCACAAAGAUGGAUGUUUCUGGAAUAUUCUCUGUCUUAAAGCUGCAGCGACGUUCGAGCUCCUUAUUCAGACUCUGAAACAGGAAACAGUUUAACUUCACUUAGAGGGGAAAAGGAUCAGGACCCGGGACAGAACCAGGGGGGACACCAACAGGACUGAAGACUGAGGACUGGACUCUCUGCAGCCUCUGUGUGACACACGGAGAGAGAACCAGACACAGUUCAGGGUCUUACUUCUUACACAGCUGUGUCCUCAUGUACGGGGGCCGAGAGCAGCCACUGCUGCAGAUACAAAAAAGAAACGGUGCAGAUAAAAAAAAAAAAAAAGUCACAAUAGAAGUUAAUGACCCCCCCCCCCCAAAAAAAAGUAACUUAUUGUGAAAAUAAAAGGAUACAAAUAAAAAAAGCCACAACGGAAAUGGAAAAAAAAAAUUUACUUAUUACUUUUUGCAACGCCACUUUUUUUUGGGGGGUUCAUUAAUUUCCCUUGUGGCUUUUUUUUAUUUGCAUCCUUUUAUUUUUGCAGUAUGUAACUUUUUUUUUUUUUUUUGCAUCACCACUUUUUUUGCGUCAUAACGUCUGUUGUGGCUUUUUUUUUUUAAAUCUUCACUGUUUCUUUUUUUAUUUGCAGCAGUGGCCGUUCUCGGCCACCGUACUCAUCAAACAUCCUGGAAGUUUAAACACCUGAGAUGAGCGGUGAUCAGUAAGCGCCCACUUAGCUCACACUUCCAUGUCAUAUAUGUAAUCACAGCUGAUCAGUAAAUUCAUCUGUACUCGUGUCGAGUUUGAGGAGAGACUAAAAUAUAAAAUCAGAUUCUUCAUCAGCUUCAAAAACAGAAGAAAAAGAGUUUAUUAACGUGAGAGCCGCUCAGAUCAGGACAUGGACCUUUGGAUCAAACAGAACCAACCUGUGAGUGUGUGUUUGUGUGUGUCUCAGGGAUUCCCAGGACACACACACUCUCACACACACACACACAGUUAUUCAUGCAGAGCCAGAGCGCUGUCAGCUGCUGAGGUGCUGAGGUUAAUAAUGACAGCACAGGAAUGUGGAUGUGUUACAUAACACACACACACACACACAGACACACACACACACACACACACACACACACACACACUCUAAAGUUUGGCAGAGUCCAGCCGUUUGUCUCCUGUCGUCCUCUGAGGUGUUUUUCGUCCUUCAGACUCGAUCUUCUCAGACGUCUGCAGUCCUGAAGGAUCAGGAUGAAUCUGAAUCAUGGAGAUCAAAGAUCUGACAGAGUGGAGCGUCUCCUCUCAGAGAAGAUCUCUGAUAACAGAGUGGAGCGUCUCCUCUCAGAGAAGAUCUCUGAUUUGGUCACAUGAUGGUUUCAGGUCGUUGACUCUGAUAGAUUUGUUCUUCCUGGUUCUGUGGAUUCAGGUCUUAGAGGUCUAGAGGUCCUCUAAGGAGACCUGCAGCAGAGUUCAGACCCUGAUCCAACACCUGCUCUCAGUCCUGACUCCACUCUGCUGCAGUGAUGCAUGCUGGGAGGUUGAGCUCAUUGGAUGUCGGUCCAGAUGGCAGCGUCGCCACCUGCUGGCUGCACACCGGCGUCCAUCUUUCUCCUCUCUUUCCUUCAACAUGUCAAAGUUCCUGAGCUCAGCCAGCGCAGACUCAGCGGGGUACAGGAUCCAGGCUCUAAAUCUGAGCCCUCAUCCUUCUCCUGUUACCACGGCGACGGCUGUGUUAUGGUCUGUGAUCGGCUUCUGUGUUCUGGGCGACGAUCGGCUGUCAGGAUUCACUUCUUUGUUGUUCUUGGAGACGGGGCGCAGAUCCUCCGAAGACUCUCAGACUGAGGAGACACACUCUGGUCCUGGUCCUGGUCCUGGUCCUGGUCUUGGAUCUGGUCCUGGUUUUGUGGUCGAUUAGUGUCUUUUGUAAAAGUGGAGGCAGAGUGAGGCGAUGAUGAGAUCUUUGUUUUUUCUCUGUGGAUUUCAAACAUUUGAAGGUCGACUGACAAAGUUUCAAAACAGAGAAAUGAAUUUAUGAAAAAACUGACGUCAGCGUCGAGUUAAAGAUGAAGAUCCAACACGAGAAUGAAGGUCGAUCCAAAGACGCCGACGUCCUGGAGAAGCUUCAGGACAUGUGUCUUCUUCACCCUUCGGUUCCUCCUCCGUCCGUUUUGAGGAUAUUUGUCAUUUUUUUCCUCUUUAUUCUGAGCUGAAAAACAAACUCUCUGUCUCCUGUAGUUCUCCGUCAUUUUAGCUCCGCCCACCCUCCUUUGUCCUCAAAUCGGCCAAUAGACUUCCAUUAAAAACGUGUUUUUUGAGCGUGUGUUUACGGCGCCAUGACAACAUAUUAAACCUUUUCUCUGCAGUCAGUCGAUCAGCAGGACUCUAAAUCUGAUCUGAACUAACCCUGCUUCUCUUUACCAGGACUUCCAGCUGAACAGGGUGGUGAUGGAGGAGGGCGCGGGGGCGGAGCCAUCUCCCGCCGGCGCCAGACCAAAGAAAAAGCCCAGGAAGACCUACGACCUGACGGCCGCAGACAAGUUCUGGCAGAAACACAAGGGCAGGUGAGACAGACCACAGAGCGGGUUUGGAUCCUGGUUCCUGUCGACCUGAUCCAGUCAAAGAUCAGAACCCGUCUUGGACCUGAACAGGGUUUUUUGUGUUCCAGUCCGUUUCCAGAGGUGGCGGAGUCGGUCCAGCAGGAGUUGGACACGUACAGAGCCCAGGAGGACGAGGUCAAACGGCUGAAGAGCAUCAUGGUGAGAGACACGCCCACAUCAGAGCGAGAACCUUGAAGAACAGCUGAGUCAGGAGGAUUAACGAAACCACAGCGCCAACAAAACCCGCCUUUAAAGGUCCACAUGACCCGGGUUUAGGUCUCUGAUACCACAAAGGGUCAGGGUUAGUUCUCUAGACUUUCAUCUCAGUGAAGGACGAGUUCAAGUCCUGAGGUCUGGUACCAAAGUCUCGAACCGUCCUCCAUAUUUGAGUCCUCAAGUGUCUGAGACGUUUAGAAACUGUAUCAGGGUUUAAAGGGGAGGUUCAGAUUAAGGGUUAACUCCUGAGUGGACAGAAAACCUCCUCUGAGUCCAGCUCUGCAGGGUCUGUUCCUCCUAACCCUCUAAAGUGGUCCGGUCUCUGGUCUGUGUGUCUUCAGGGUCUAGAAGGAGAAGAUGAAGGAGCCAUCAGCAUGUUGUCAGACAACACGGCCAAACUCACCUCAGCUGUCAGGUAAGACCGUCGCUCUCCAUCAGUCUGCUGAGUUAAAGCUACAGUCAGUGACUCUGAGAGUUAAAGCUCCAGUCAGUGACUCUGAGAGUUAAAGCUCCAGUCAGUGACUCUGACAGAGUUAAAGCUCCAGUCAGUGACUCUGAGAGUUAAAGCUCCAGUCAGUGACUCUGAGAAUUAAAGCUCCAGUCAGUGACUCUGACAGAGUUAAAGCUCCAGUCAGUGACUCUGACAGAGUUGAAGCUCCAGUCAGUGACUCUGAGAGUUAAAGCUCCAGUCAGUGACUCUGAGAGUUAAAGCUCCAGUCAGUGACUCUGACAGAGUUAAAGCUCCAGUCAGUGACUCUGACAGAGUUAAAGCUCCAGUCAGUGACUCUGACAGAGUUAAAGCUCCAGUCAGUGACUCUGACAGAGUUAAAGCUCCAGUCAGUGACUCUGAGAGUUAAAGCUCCAGUCAGUGACUCUGACAGAGUUAAAGCUCCAGUCAGUGACUCUGAGAGUUAAAGCUCCAGUCAGUGACUCUGAGAGUUAAAGCUCCAGUCAGUGACUCUGAGAGUUAAAGCUCCAGUCAGUGACUCUGAGAGUUAAAGCUCCAGUCAGUGACUCUGACAGAGUUAAAGCUCCAGCCAGUGACUCUGAGAAUUAAAGCUCCAGUCAGUGACUCUGACAGAGUUAAAGCUCCAGUCAGUGACUCUGACAGAGUUAAAGCUCCAGUCAGUGACUCUGACAGAGUUAAAGCUCCAGUCAGUGACUCUGACAGAGUUAAAGCUCCAGUCAGUGACUCUGACAGAGUUAAAGCUCCAGUCAGUGACUCUGACAGAGUUAAAGCUCCAGUCAGUGACUCUGACAGAGUUAAAGCUCCAGUCAGUGACUCUGAGAGUUAAAGCUCCAGUCAGUGACUCUGACAGAGUUAAAGCUCCAGUCAGUGACUCUGAGGAGGAUCAUGAUGGUCUAGUCCUCCUGGUAUAGACACGGUCCUGAUAGAUCCCGCACACACACGUGUUAAAUCUCUAACCUGUUUCUUCUGCAGCUCUCUGCCCGAGCUCCUGGAGAAGAAGAGACUGAUCGACCUUCACACCAACGUGGCCACAGCCGUCCUGGACCACAUCAAGGUGCAGCAGAGUCCCUGAACCUAGAUGUUGAAGAUCUAGAUGUUGGUGUUCUAACCGAUCAUGUUUGUGUCCUCAGAGUCGUAAACUGGACGUUUACUUUGAGUACGAGGAGAAACUGAUGAGCAAGUCCACUUUAGACAAAUCCCUGCUGGACAUCAUCAGCGACCCCGAUGGUACACACACAGACACACACACAGACACACACUAAUACACACACUAACACACACUAAUACACACACUAAUACACACACACACACACUUUGAUGCUGUAGAGAUCCGACAAACUGAUGUGUGUGUUGAUGUUUGUGUUUCUCAGCGGGGACUCCUGAAGACAAAAUGAGACUUUUCCUGAUUUACUACAUCACAGCUCAGCAGGCUCCUUCAGAGGUAACACACACACACACACACACACACACACACACACACACACGUCCCCCCCGUCAUGACAGCUCUCCUCACGUUGGAGAAGCUCCUCCCCUGUGUCUCGUUCCUCAUGGUUUCCUGGAGGUCCUGCAGAGUCCUCCGGUUGGUCUGGACUCAGACAAAGAGUCCUUUCACGGCGGUCUAAGUCAGUGUGACUAAUCAGAUCCAGGAGUCUGGAUCCUGGAGUCUGGAUCCUGGAGCGCUCAGAUCCUCUUUUUUUCCAAACUAAAUUAAACGUGUUUUCACUUCAGACCCGCGAAGACGUCACUCUGCAUCUCCAGGAACUCUAAACCAAAACCUGGUCUCCAGACCGCAGCUCUGAUGGAUGUCCUCAGAUCUGGAUCCUUCAGGACUUGGCUCUCAGGUCUUCACUGUUCUCCUGAAUGUGAGUCAUGUGGGUCCAGGAGGAACAACAAGAACCGGUCUGUCCUAUCACUGCAGGGUUUAGAUCAUUAGAGGUUCAUCAGGAUGAAGAUGGACCUCCAGUUCACAGCAGACUACAGCGGGGCGCCGCAGCUCAAGGAAGAACAUUUAAGAUCAUCUCCUCGAAGUAAUAAUGAUCCUUCUGAGUGUGAAUCUGGUUCAGGUCUGUGUCAGAUAGUCCCUCCCAGUUCUCCAGCUGGUCAUCAGGAACCAGUUUCUGAGAAAAACCUGAACCAGAGGAACCGUUUCUGAUCCACCGAGAAGAUCAUCUCAGAGUCUGUCCAGAUCCAGACCCUCAAAAACUGGUCUGUGGUGGUUUCUGAAGAAGUCUGAGUGAUGGAGGAGGAAGGACCAGAGAGACAGUCGCUCAGGGCGAGGUGAUGGCGGUGUUGAGAGUUUCCUUCGCCAAAUGAAAAGCAGCGACCCGAUCAUGUGGUCUGACAGAACCUCAAACUGAAGAAGAAGAAACCUGGACAGGAGCCCUCCGUCUUCUCUGAGGGUUUGAACAAUACAGACCGCCACCACCGCCGUCUCUCUCAGGGUCAAAGGUCAGGAGGCGGGGCUGUGGUCACAUGUUUAAUUCAAACUCAAAACCACUUCAACGGUCUUUACAGUCCUGGAGGAUCUGGACUGGAUGAGAUCAUCAGACUCUGAAUAUUGAUCGAUCGAUGACUUUAUUGAUCCCUGAAGGGAAAUUAGAUCAUCGUUAUUUUAAUCAGAUCAUUUAAAGGUUCUCAGUCUUCUCAGAGGUCCUCCGCUGACAGACGGCGUGACAGCUCCAACCUUCGCCAAGUCUGCCCUCUUCUUCUUCCUCUUCUUCUUCUUCUUCUCCUCUCCCCCCUGAGUGACGGAUCGGCCCGGGUUCACCUCCUCAGCCUUCAUCACCUCCCUCUCUCUCCUCCUCCUCUCCUCCUGUCAUCGCCGCCUCCCGUCUGUUUUUCUCCCCCCUCUUUGAUCUCUCAGACCUCCUCCUCCUCCUCCUCCUCCUGACGUUGAUGUGGUGGAUCUCCGUCCCAGGAAAACAAACACACACACACUCUCCACACACACACACACACACACACACACACACACACACACACUCCCUCACACACACACACACACUCUCUCCCUCACACACACACACUCACACACACACACACUCUCUCCCUCACACACACACACACACACACACACUCUCCCUCACACACACACACACACACACACUCUCCCUCUCACACACACACACACACACACACACACACACUCUCACGUUGCUCCGCCGCUCUUACGUAACGUGUCAGAAGUUCCUGCUGAGCCGACAGUCAGGAGAUCCCUGAAGAGAAGACCAGGAUCUGGAGGUAGACCCUCAGAGAGGUCUGUGGAACUUUGACCACAACUCACCUACUCUCUUCCAGCAGACGCUUGUUUGUAGAGAGACCUCAGACCAGUCCAUUACAGACUACAGCGGGGUGCUGCAGCUCAAGGAAGAACAUUUAUGAUCAUUUCUUUAUCAUUUCCUUGAAGUAAUAAUCACCAUAUUAAUCAUUUUACAGACGCGGUAGUUCUUCUGCCUCAGCGUCUCGCCGUCUUUCCUUCGCCAUUUUCUAACCGUCUCUUUGCUCCGUGUGUUUCAGUCGGACUUGGACCAGUAUAAGACGGCGCUGUUGGACGCAGGCUGUGACCUUUCACCUCUGAACUACAUCAGGCAGUGGAAGUAAGUCCACCAUCACGGUUCAGUGAGUCUGAGGGUUUACGACGUCACUCAGAGUCCCUCAUGUUUUUCUUCUUCUCUGUCAUUUUCAGGACGUUUACAAAGAUGGCCGCCGCUCCGGCGAACUACGGCAACAGUGGAGUCAAACCGAUGGGGUCAGUGUCAGAGAAGUUUGUAGAUCAUAGAGAGGAGAGGGUCUGUGUGAGAGUCUGAUCCACAUGAGAAGAUCUCCUCAUGAAAACUAGAACUGAGAGGAAGAGCUGAGGUCUGCUGAGGGUCUGAGGGUUAGGAGGAGCAGGUUCAUUAGUUAGUUAAUUAAUACAUUUACUUAUUUUUGUAGUUAAUUAAUAUAUUUUUUAUUUAUUUGUUUGUUUAGGAAAUAAAUUAAUUCAAUUAUUUAUUUAGUAAAUUAAUUAAUUAAUUAAUUUAGUUAGUUAGAUUGUUAAUUAGUACAUUUAUUUAUUUAGUUAAUUAGUUAGUUAAUUAAUUAAUUUAGUUAGUUGAUUAUUUAUUCGGUUUAUUCAUAAAUGCAUUGAUUUAAUUAGUCAGUUAAUAAAGUUAUCUAUUUAUUAAGUUAGUUAUUUAAUUAAUUAAUUAAUUAAUUUUUUUAAUUCAUAAUUUUUUUUUCGUUAGUCUGAUUGUUAAUCUGUUCUUAGAGAGAAGAUUAUUAUGAGUUUGUAAGAUUACCAGACUAACCCUGUACUCCUCCUCCUCCUCCUCUCCUCCUCCCUCUCCUCCUCCUCCUCUCCUUCUCUUCUCCUCCUCCUCCUCCUCCUCCUCCUUCUCUUCUCCUCCUCCCUCCUCUCUCCUCCUCCUCUCCCUCUCCUCCUUCUCUUCUCCUCCUCCUCCUCCUCCUCCUCACUCCUCUUCCCCUCCUACUCUCUUCCUCUCCUCCUCCUCCUCUUCUCCUCCUCCUCCUCCUCUCCCUCUCCUUCUCUUCUCCUCCUCCUCCUCCUCCUCUCCUCCUCCCUCUCCUUCUCCUUCCUCUCCUCCUCCUCCUCACUCCUCUUCCCCUCCUCCUCUCUUCCUCUCCUCCUCCUCCUCUCCCUCUCCUUCUCUUCUCCUCCUCCUCACUCUCCUCCUCCUCCUCUCCCUCUCCUUCUCUUCUCCUCCUCCUCCUCCUUUUCUCCUCCUCGUCUCCUCCUCUCCUCCUCCUCCUUUUCUCCUCCUCGUCUCCUCCUUCUCACUCCUCUUCCCCUCCUCCUCUCUUCCUCUUCUCCUCUUCCUCUCCUCUCUCCUCCUCCUCACUCUCCUCCUCCUCCUCUCCUCCUCCUUCCUCUCCUCCUCCUCACUCCUCUUCCCCUCCUCCUCUCUUCCUCUCCUCCUCCUUCUCUUCCUCUUCUCCUCCCUCUCCUCCUCCUCCUCCUCUCUUCUUCUCCUCCUCCCUCUCCUUCCUCUCCUCCUCCUCACUCCUCUUCCCCUCCUCCUCUCUUCCUCUCCUCCUCUUCUCCUCCUCCUCCUCCUCCUCCUCCUCCUCCUCCUCUUCCUCCUCCUCCUCCUCUUCUCUUCUCCUCUCCUUCUCCUCCUCCUCCUCCUCCUCCUCCUCCUCCUCCUCCUCCUCCUCUCCCUCUCCUUCUCCUCCUCCUCCUCCUUCUCCUCCUCCUCUUCUCCUCCUCCUUCUCCUCCUCCUCUCCUCCUCCUCCUCAGGUUGUUCUCCAGAGUCAUGAACUCAGGUUCUCAGUUUGUGAUGGAGGGGGUGAAGAACCUGGUCCUCAAACAGCACGUGAGUCAGACUCUGAUCUUCAUCACUUCACACUAACUGAAGGUCCUCAGAGGAACCUGAACCCGUGACCUCUGUGGGGGUCGACCCUCUGUGACACCGACUUUAACUCUGAGACUCAGAUGAUCAGGUUCUUCUCCUCUGAGGUUAGACCUGAGGAUCCAGGACUUACAGAUCAGACCUGCUGGGUUGGUCAGCCCCUCCCCCCUCACAGCUGAUUGGUUCAGAGAAAUGACAUCACCGUCACGACCAUCUGCAGAACCACUUCAUCCUCACACACCGACUCUGAAGUGAUGAAGAGGAGGAGCUGUCAUCUUCAUCUCUGUUCCUCCUCCAACAUGUCUGCACGGCCCUGUAACCGCUGGCAACCAGACUUUACACCACCACACCAAACUCCGCCCACCUCUGAGUGUGUGUGUGUGUGUGUGUGUGUGUGUGUGUGUGUGUGUGUAUCAGGAGGUUAAAUCAGACGCUCUAAUGUGACGGACGCUCCGCUCCUGGACUCCAAAGAUAACGAUGAUGACGAUGAUGAAGGUGUUUCAGGGUGAAACUGGCACAGAGAUGGAGUCAUUAAUAACGCUCACACACACACACACACACACACACACUCACACACACACACACACAGCGUCUGUUUUCUCCAUCCAGCCGCUGAAGUCGGUCGAGUCGAUGAGGCUGAUUUACCGAGUUUCUCUCUGAUGGAAAAAUCGAAUCUUCACCAAAUUUCAGACGAAAAAAAAAAAACAGACAAAAAGACGAAAACAGAAACUCGACGGUUUCAAAACAACGGCGCUGAAGAGUCGCUGAGUGUUCUUUAAAGGGAACCUCUCUGGUUCUUCAUACUUCCUGUUUGUAAAGGUCGUAUGACGGCGGCCUCUCUGACGUGUUUUAAUCAGAGAAGAAGAAAAACAAACAAACUGAAUAAAUGAAAAUGUUCCGGGUCGUUUUUUGUCCUCAUGUCUCGUUUUCUCUUCCAGAACCUUCCGGUCACUCGGAUCCUCGACAACCUGAUGGAGAUGAAGUCUCAUCCUGUGAGUCGACAGUUUUUUUAUUUAUUAAUGAUAUUUUUUUAUUUAAUUUAAAGAGUGAAAAUAAAGUCAACAGUUUUUGCUCAGUUUUUACACAACCAGAAGUGCUGGAAAAGAUACAAAAAAUAGAUAAAUAUAAUAAUACUAAAAUUAGAGUCAUCAUAGUUAUGACUGUAUGAGAGUACAAACUAAUGUAUAAUCAAAAUAAAGGGAAAAGUAAUACAGAACACAAACACACAAUUAAUGUCAUAAUACAACAUGGAGUUAACAGAAAUAUAUAAAAAGUGGAAAAAAAAUAUUAAUAAUAAUAAAUUAAAUAACAAUAAAAAUAAAGAGUUAGGUGGAUGAUUGAAUAAUAGUUAUAAUAAAAAAGUAAUUAUAAUAAAGAUAAAGAUAAUAAUAACAACAACAACAACAAUAAUAAUAAUAAUAAUAAUAAUUUUUGUUGAUAAUCCAAUGAACCAGUUUAACUUUUUUUUAUUUGGGUUUUCUCAGAACCUUUGAGUUCUGGUCGGUCCUCUGAACAAGUCUCACUGUUGCUUAAAUAACGUUACACCACCUCAACUGAGACGGACACACCGCAGGGAAUUCUGGGUAAUCGAGUCCAUGUUAGUUCCUGUGUGUGUGACAGUCUGUUAAAUGAUGUCACACACAGGUAAACUCACCUGAACCGGUCCACAAAGACCAGGACGGGUCUACUCAUCAGAGAGAUGCUAACACACACACACACACAGAAACACACACACACACACACACAACACACACACACACACACACACGUGUUUCUCAGAGUCUGGAGUUUCAGACGACAAACAAAGGUUCUGUUGUUUCGGGUCGAGGGAGGAAGAACCGGGACGAAGAUGAAAGAAACGGAGAGCAGUGUGUGUGUGUGUGUGUGUGUGUGUGUGUGUGUGUGUGUGUGUGUGUGUGUAUGUGUGUGUGUGUAUGUGUGUGUGUGUGUGUGUGUGUGUGUGUUAAAUCAGUCACAUGGAUGAUGAACGGUGAAGAGGUCGUAUUUUCUGACAGAUUUUCUUCUUCUUCUUCUUCUUCCAGGAAACCGACGAUUAUCGAUACUUCGACCCAAAGCUGCUCCGCGGCAGUGAGAGGUGAGAGGUCUCACUCUGACACGCUUCUCUGAUCCUCUGAGUUCAGGUGGUUUUAAUCUUCUUCUCUCUUUCUGUGCUCUUCCUCCUCAGCUCCAUCCCCAGGAACAAGAACCCGUUUCAGGAGGUGAGCAGAGAGUCUCCGGACUCAUGAGGACAGGAAGUGAUGUCACAGAUCCUCCUCACUUUAAAAGUCCGGUCUGUGAUGGUCUCUGAUAUGUGGCGGUUUCUGUUUCAGGCCAUCGUGUUCGUGGUCGGAGGAGGAAACUACAUCGAGUAUCAGAACCUGGUGGACUACACUAAGGUACUGUUGCGGGGUCCUCUGUAGAUCCUGUCGUCUGGUUCUUCAUCACGCUCAUCAGUUUUUGUGUGUUUCAGUUCAAACAGGGGAAGAAGGUGGUCUACGGCUGCAGUGAACUCUUCAACGCCUCUCAGUUCAUCCGACAGGUGAGACCGUAAACAAACAAACGCUUCUGAGCGCGCUCAGAUCCUCCUCUGAUGGAGUCUUCGUUUCUCUAACACGUCGACUUCUCUCCUCAGCUGUCCCAGCUCGGUCAGAAGUGAGGCGGACACCGACGACAUGUGAACCCUCUCUCUCUCUCUCUCUCUCUCUCUCUCUCUCUCUCUCUCUCUCUCUCUCUCUCUCUCUCUCUCUCUCUCUCUCUCUCUCUCUCUCUCUCUCUCUCUCUCUCUCUCUCUCUCUCUCUCCCUCUGUCUCUCUCCUCUCUCUCUCUCUCUCUCUCUCUCCCUCUCCCUCUUUAUUCCAGUUUGUUUUUUAUCUCUUCUCUGUAAAUGGACUCAAACAUUUCCUGUCUUCACUGUAACUUCUGUCUCUCCGCACUAAUAAAGAUAAACUCUAAAACUCA